UGGACGGGAGAUAUAGCACAGUAGAGAAGUUUUCUGUAAAUUUUGACGUAUUUAUCAGAUAGACACAGUUUUUUUAAAAAAAAGUCUUCUCUAGUUUCAUUAGCCAUAAAUUAAGUUCUAAUUAUUUUGGAUGUGUGAGAGCGCUUGAUUAGCGCUAAAAGUGUGAUCUUUACCACGCAGUCUAACAACAAGUGUCGUACGAUAACCUUGAGUUUGAAAUUUACAUUGAAAAAGUUUGUAAUUUUCAUAUCGAAUGGACACAAAAAUUACAUUCCAAAAAACUUCAUGUUAUUUUUGCUCAGAAUGGUUGGAUGAUAAGACAGUCAAGGGACAUUUAUUAACUUGUGGACAAGUGCUUGAAAAAUGUCCUUACAAUUGCUUGUCAUACAUUCAACGAAAAAACAUGGACAAUCACGUUAAAAAUUGUGUAAAACGAGAUGAAAAAUCAGUCCUUGUUCAGAAUGUAGCGGAUGAUAUCCAAAAUGAAAGAUUAAUGUCAAUUGAAGAAAAUUUGACAUUUUUAAGAAAAUCAUUGAAUGAGGAAAUAAGAAUGCGGCAUGAUUUGAUUGUGGAACUUGGUCAUUUAAAAAAAAGAAAUCAGAUAACAGACGAAUGGACAAGUAAAGUAAGUGAGGUUCUGAAUCUCUUACAAAAAAGGAUUGAGGAAGAAAAGGAAUGCAGACAGCUAGAGAUAAAGGAUUUUCAUGGAGUUAUUGACAACUUACUAAAGCAAUUUCAAGAAAUAAAAGGAUUUCGAAAAGAUAUGGCACGAACAUUAGGCAGCAUAGAAACGAAAAUUGUAUCCAAAACCAAUCUUGAUACAAAUGCAGCAUAUGAAGAUGAUGUUCCUGAAUGGAAAACUACAUGUAAACGCCUCGAAAAUGAACUUGAACGCCUACGUUUUCAAUCGUCUGAUGAUAUAAAUGAUUGCGUAAAAUAUAUCUCUGCUAUAAACGAUAAAAUGAACCAAAUAGAGAUGCUGCAACAAAAUCAGCAUAACAUUACAGAUGAUGGAUUAAUGCAUUCGCUAUCGCGUUUAGACAAAAUUGAAACGGAAUUAACGGCAACGUCAGGAUUAUUGAGUAAUGUCAAUGAUCGAACUGUCAAGACUGAUUACAAUGUAAAGCAGCUGUUGAAUACAGUCAACGAAAUUGAAGAUAAAUCUGAUAAAGUUGUUAAACAAGUAGAUAUCUAUAAAGAACUAGUCUAUGAGACCAAACAAAGCUUAGCUGAUCUCGAAGAACAUUUACGUGUUCAGAGGCAGUUUAAUAUGAUAACAAACAUUCGAGGACAUUUAAUAUGGCGUAUAAAUCAUUAUGAAAGGAAAUUAAAUGAUGCAAAAGAAUCCGAAGUUCCUCUCAAGAGUCCACUAUUUUCAAAUAAGCAUUACGGAUAUUCUCUUCGCCUGGAUGUUUAUUUGAAUGGCAUUGGGACAUGGAAAAAUCGAAAUUUGAUUGCUUGUCUCACAGUCGUAAAUGGUGAUUAUGACACCCUCCUUCCAUGGCCGUGUAAAUUAAAAGCAGACAUAAUCCUUAGAGAACAGCCUGAAAAUCUAAAUGAUGCGACUGACAUAACCAAACUUGUUAUCACCAAAAAACGAAAUGAUAGAUUAGAAUACCAAAACCAAUUUAUACAUAUUCCCCAUCAAGUUAUCAACAGUGGAGCAUACAUUCGCAAUGACUCAAUUGUGUUAGAAGUCAAAAUUCUUAAGACUUUUGAUUCAUAUAAUGGCUUUAAACCUGACACACCAAAUUCAGGAACGCCAACAACGCAAAUCAUAUAAUUUCUCCUUCGUCACUUACUGCAAAGAAUUUUUUUUGUAAUUAUUGGUUUAAAGUUAAUUUUUAUUUUUAUUCAUAAUUUGAUUGUAUUUUACAAUAUUUUUUGUACAACUGUCAUAAUAACAUAAAAUAUAUAUUUUUUUAUGAUUUUUUACUUUUAAAAGUUAAUGACUUUUAUAUAAGAUGAACAGCAAAAUUGUAUGCGCAAAAGUCUUUAAGUAAAUGCAAGAAUAACAAGAAUUAUUUUUUUAAUUAAAUUUUAAACUCAAGAUUUAUCUAGUUGUAUGA